ACACAUGCUAGCUUAAUAGAACGCCCCAAUGAUAACGUUGAGAUAACGUCUUGCUUGGAGCGGUGUGCGAAAUUACAGAAUCUUCUUCUCUAAGGCUGAAGCAAAGUUAACAAUCGUCGGGAGUCAAAGGAUUAUUGCAAUGAGUGAACGGGACACCGGUGAGAAACCAGUCCGGGAGGAGGAGAGAGGUGUGGAGGGGACACUGAACCGGAAUUCUGCAGGGAUGGAGAUUUCUGACUCUGCCAGUGAAUGUGAAGACAGGCCCAGCUCUAGCCCAAUGGAGGAAAGGUCAUUCGUAGCCCGCUUGCAUUGUUACAUGAAGGAUAGAGGCACGCCUAUCGAGAGGAUUCCACACCUGGGGUUUAAGCAGAUUAAUUUGUGGAAAAUCUACAAAGCUGUUGAGAAGCUUGGCGGUUACGACUCUGUGACCGCACGACGACUGUGGAAGAAUGUGUAUGAUGAGCUGGGUGGCAGCCCAGGCAGCACCAGCGCCGCCACCUGCACCCGCAGACAUUAUGAGAGGCUUGUGCUACCCUUUGAGAGACAGUUACGGGGGGAGGAGGACAAACCUCUGCCUCCGAGCAAACCACGCAAGCAAUACAAGAGGAGCUCGGAGAGCAAGGGCAGCAAGUCUGAGGGUAAGAGGAAGAGACCCCACCUGGAAAAGGAGACAGACUCUGAGGGCCAGGUACAUUCGACAUCAUCGUCUCCAUGGACCGCUCUAUCUGAAAGGCUCCACCCAGAUUGUCCUCCACCAAUCAGUGAGAACACCGCCGGUGAUGACCUCUCAGCAUUCUCUUCGUCCCAGCCAGCGCAGGGCCCUACUUCGUCCUCCUGGAGAGGAGUUCAUGUUCAGUCUUCCACUGCCACAGACAUAAUAUCCCCUCUAGAGAAGAAGAAACGUAUGGCACAGGCCAGCCUUAGCCAAUCCCAGGAAUCCAGCCUUAGCCAAUCCAAGAACUCCAAGAGUCCCAAACAGGAGGACUGUAAGGGCAGGCCCUCUGUGAUUCAGUGCUCUGAUUCCCCGGGUCUGCUUCAUCCACGCCGGACACGCGCCACCUCUGAGGGAUCCCCUCAGCCUCCGUCCUCCUCCUCUUCCCGUAGCCCGUCCCCCUACUCCAUCUCCUCUGAGGACUGUCAGGCACUAACUGAAGACAGGCCCCCUGUACCAAAACCAGAAAUACCCCUUAAUUUUUCCAUCAACCCUAUGCCUUCCCGCAGUGGGGUCCACAAGCCGCAAAGCUGCAGCCCUGAUGUCAAGGAAUAUGUUAACUUAGCUGGAGGACAUAGGGAUUUCUCUCAGGUCAGCCCUCUACAAAGUGACACAGUCUAUAUUAAAGGACAGAGUAAAAACUCUUUAUGGAGCCCUGUCUGCAACGCGAGCAGACGUCAAACUCACCAAAUACCCCCACCAAUGUCCUGCAAAGUUAGGUCUUGCUUGAUUCCAUCUACCUCCAGUUUCACCAAAGUAUAUCCCAAAUCUAUGGAGCCUUUGCGGCCUAUACCCUUUCAGCCAGGUUACACAUUGCAUCAAAACCCAAACAGAUCCAUGUUACAUGAUGACAGUCUGAUAUAUACGAAAAAACUACACAUGGUUCCUGAACAUUAUCAGACAGAGAAAAAGGAGAAGUCCAGGACAGUGUUGCCCAAGCCACUUCCAACUCAACCACCAGUUUUUCACUCUAAUGCAAGCAUUCCAGUUUCCUACCUGGUUCCAGCCUGUGAUAAGACAAGGGGAGACUCUGGGCAGAAAACACCUGUAAACCCUGUAUUUCUACCUACCUACAUAAGACUGCCUCAGUCCCAGACAAACCCUAUGUUCCGCCAUGCCUCAAUGGGACCCACUCUUGCUUCCCCUUAUGAGCCAACUCUAAUCUCCUAUCCUUACCGCAUUCCUAUGUGGAAUUCUGGAUACAGCAACACUGGUGUGUAUUACCCAUAUUCUAGGCUAUGAAUGCUUGACUUGCCUCUCAGCUGUAUUCCAAUUAUCAAGAACGUUGUGUGUUGUGAUUGUUACGCUGAGAUGGGCUCCCCUCUGUGGCAAAUGACAGAACUGCACAGAUACAGUGGUUGUUCUGUGAGUGCCUAAUGUAGCCUUUAGGUUUACAGCUUUCUAUGUAUUUUAUUGGUAAAAUUUGAUUUUACAUGGA